GUGGUGCAGUGAUCUCUUAAGCACAGGACACAGUAGAAAACAGUGUUGUAUGUACCACAACCUAUGAGAGUUAGGGAGAUAAAUGUGGGAGAUGGCAUAUGGCGACAUGAAUGGAAACGAUCAUGAGAUGUUCCUAUAGUUAAAGCAUGAUUACUUACCGCCACCUACCCAACAUAGGAGUUGGCCAUUUUAGCAUGUAGAUCUGAUGCAUGCCUUUACCACGCUUGAGCUCCAUGGACACAGUAUAAAUACCAACCUUUGUCCCUUCCGUGUCCACCCAUUCACACACCUCUUUGACCAAAGAAGCCAUGAAGGUUCACCAGUUGACGUUAGGCUUGUGGGAGCAACUCCCCUCCUCGCCUUCCACCUCCUCCUCCCUCUCCUCUUCCUCUACCAACCACCAUAAGCGCCUCCGCCCGCUUGCCCCGAAGCUUUCCUCUUCUGCCGUCGUUUCCACGACUACAAUGGCGGAGAUCAUCAGCUUGAAGAGCUUCAAUUCGCCGCUGACCACCAAAUUCGCCUCCAGAAAUGUAGACGCCUCGCUGAUGCAGCUGCAGUCAGGGGGAACGCGGUGGAACCCGAUGCCGGAGCAGAUAAAGCUACUGGAGGCACUGUAUCAGGGCGGGAUGCGGACGCCGAACCCGGUCCAGAUCGAGCGCAUCACCGCGGAGCUUAGCAAGUAUGGCAGGAUCGAGGGCAAGAACGUGUUCUACUGGUUUCAGAACCACAAGGCGCGGGAGCGCCAGAAGCAGAAGCGGAGCGCGCUCCUCGCCCUCGCCACCAACAGUGCUUCGCUUCCCAAUCUGCUCAAAGUACGAACGAAGCAUGGUUUCUCGCCUCAUGCACACUUCGUGUGUCGCGUUACUUGUGAGGAUUUAGGUUUAUGUUGGUCAUGCAUGAUGGUGCAAUUACAGGGAGAAGAGAUGAAGGAGCUCCAUGAUGGGAGCUGCAAGCGCAAGUGCAGGAGCUGGGGCAGUCUGGAGCCGGACGUGGAAGACAGUGGGCCUGGUGACCGCACCUUGGAGCUCUUCCCGCUGCACCCAGAAUGGAAGCAGGUGGGAUAGUCUCCACACAAGCAAGAGAGGACUACUGUUGCUCCUUGUCUUCUUUAACUGGGUGACUGUCUCUUUCCCCCUCAUGUUAAGCCAUAUCUGUGUCGCCCUCUCCAAGUCCGCGGUCUCGUUUGUUCGCACUGUUCUCCCUAAAACAAAUGGAAAGACGAACCUUUUUUC